CGCGCCGGUGCGUCCAGCAGGUGGCAGCAGCGAGCGGCCGCGCCCCCCGCGCUGCCAACCCGCGAGCCCGCAUCAUGGAUGUCGAGCUCUCCUAUUUCGCAUUGCUAGCCCUGGAAUUCGAGACCCCAGACGAGGACCAGGAUUCAUGAAUCAGUCGCAGGGGCCGGGGCAGGGGCCUCUGGCUCCCGACACUGGCCGAGAGGUGAUGAGUGAGGUUCGAAGAACUGAAGAUUUAAAAAGCAGCCGGGGCCUCCGUAUUGAAUGAAAGACCCAGUGCAAAGACAUCACCAUGAACACGAGCAUUCCUUAUCAGCAGAAUCCUUAUAAUCCACGGGGCAGCUCCAAUGUCAUCCAGUGCUACCGCUGUGGAGACACCUGCAAAGGGGAAGUGGUCCGCGUGCACAACAACCACUUCCACAUCAGAUGCUUCACCUGUCAAGUAUGUGGCUGUGGCCUGGCCCAGUCAGGCUUCUUCUUCAAGAACCAGGAGUACAUCUGCACCCAGGACUACCAGCAACUCUAUGGCACCCGCUGUGACAGCUGCCGGGACUUCAUCACAGGCGAAGUCAUCUCCGCCCUGGGCCGCACCUACCACCCCAAGUGCUUCGUGUGCAGCUUGUGCAGGAAGCCUUUCCCCAUUGGAGACAAGGUGACCUUCAGCGGUAAAGAAUGUGUGUGCCAAACGUGCUCGCAGUCCAUGGCCAGCAGUAAGCCCAUCAAGAUUCAUGGACCAAGCCACUGUGCCGGGUGCAAGGAGGAGAUCAAACAUGGCCAGUCACUCCUGGCUCUGGACAAGCAGUGGCACGUCAGCUGCUUCAAGUGCCAGACCUGCAGCGUCAUCCUCACCGGGGAGUACAUCAGCAAGGAUGGUGUUCCAUACUGCGAGUCUGACUACCACGCCCAGUUUGGCAUUAAAUGUGAGACUUGUGACCGAUACAUCAGUGGCAGAGUCUUGGAGGCAGGAGGGAAGCACUACCACCCAACCUGUGCCAGGUGUGUACGCUGCCACCAGAUGUUCACCGAAGGAGAGGAGAUGUACCUCACAGGUUCUGAGGUUUGGCACCCCAUCUGCAAACAGGCAGCCCGGGCAGAGAAGAAGUUAAAGCAUAGACGGACAUCUGAAACCUCCAUCUCUCCCCCUGGAUCCAGCAUUGGGUCACCCAACCGAGUCAUCUGCGCUAAAGUGGAUAAUGAGAUCCUUAAUUACAAAGACCUGGCGGCUCUCCCCAAGGUUAAGUCUAUCUACGAGGUACAACGCCCCGACCUCAUUUCCUAUGAGCCUCAUUCCAGAUACACGUCCGACGAGAUGCUGGAGAGAUGUGGCUAUGGAGAGUCGCUGGGAACAUUAUCUCCCUACUCCCAGGACAUCUACGAGAACCUGGACCUCCGGCAGAGACGGGCCUCCAGCCCGGGGUACAUAGACUCCCCCACCUACAGCCGGCAGGGCAUGUCCCCCACCUUCUCCCGCUCACCUCACCACUACUACCGCUCUGGGCCCGAGAGUGGCCGGAGCUCUCCAUACCAUAGCCAGUUAGAUGUGAGGUCCUCCACUCCAACCUCUUACCAGGCUCCCAAGCACUUUCACAUCCCAGCUGGAGACAGUAACAUCUACCGGAAACCCCCGAUCUACAAACGGCAUGGUGAUUUGUCUACAGCAACCAAGAGCAAAACAAGUGAAGACAUCAGCCAGACCUCCAAGUACAGUCCCGCCUACUCACCAGACCCCUACUAUGCUUCGGAGUCUGAGUACUGGACCUACCACGGGUCCCCCAAAGUGCCCCGAGCCAGAAGGUUCUCAUCUGGAGGAGAGGAGGAUGAUUUUGACCGCAGCAUGCACAAGCUCCAAAGUGGAAUCGGCCGGCUGAUUCUGAAGGAAGAGAUGAAGGCCCGGUCGAGCUCCUAUGCAGACCCCUGGACCCCUCCCCGGAGCUCCACCAGCAGCCGGGAAGCCCUGCACACAGCUGGCUAUGAGAUGUCCCUCAAUGGCUCCCCUCGGUCACACUACCUGGCUGACAGUGAUCCUCUCAUCUCCAAAUCUGCCUCCCUGCCUGCCUACCGAAGAAAUGGGCUGCACAGGACGCCCAGCGCAGACCUCUUCCACUACGACAGCAUGAACGCAGUCAACUGGGGCAUGCGAGAGUACAAGAUCUACCCUUAUGAACUGCUGCUGGUGACUACAAGAGGAAGAAACCGUCUGCCCAAGGAUGUAGACAGGACCCGUUUAGAGCGCCACCUGUCCCAGGAAGAGUUCUACCAAGUCUUUGGCAUGACCAUCUCUGAGUUUGACCGGCUGGCCCUCUGGAAGAGGAAUGAACUGAAGAAGCAAGCCCGGCUGUUCUAGGCAGAGGCUCUAUAAAUAUAUAUGCAUUUAUAUAAAGAUAUAUGUAAAAUCUCUCUACUGAAGCUCGGUAUAAUCCUCUCUUGUGUAAUGGGACACACUGCCUGCCAUGAGACUUGCUUUUCUGUACUGUCAGGCAAGCCCACGUCAUCGAGAUAUUUUUAUGCUCCUUACUUUCUCUUUUCUAAGUGCUGUGGGAUCUGGGAAGGGAUUUGAGGGGACUCUGUCCUUUUAUUGGGGAUCCUUUUUAUACUGAAACAUCUGUCCUAACUUGAGUGCCCCAAGGUCCAACUCUCUUUCCUAAAGAAGGUGCCUGAAAAAGUCUCUCUUCUCUCUGCUUCGUGGCCCCUUUCUUAAAUUUCUAGGGCUGAUGCUGACCAUGGGGUUUCCACACCUUAUUGGCCCCAGAGGGGCCCUCCCAUGGGAAGAUCUGCAGCAAUCUCCCCAAAUCAAUGAGCGCCUUUGAGCGCCCACGAAGAACUUUCUCAACACCCCCAAUUAGGAGCUCCGUGCUCUCUGGGGGCAAUGCAGUUAAAAGUGUGAGUCUCAAAUAUAGUUAUUACACCAGUCAACAGAAGUAGACAGGGCCUAGGCCUCUCCUCAGCUCCCUACCCCUCCUCCUUCUGCCCUGGAUUGUAACCUCUCCCUUGUCCAAAUCUAGGAUUCAUGGUAGGAAAAGGAAAAGGCCCUUCCCUUCCCUCCACCACUUCCAACUGGCCCCUUUGCCUGACCUGGACUUGGAGAACCAGAGGAAAGGAGAGGGAGCGGAAGUGGGAGACAGAGCAGGGCACCUGUUAGAAUCAGAGCUGCAGGAUUUCUUGGGACCCUCCUCUCUCCCUCACUGCUCCCAGCACCUCCUGACCCUUCCCCCUUUCAAGGAGAGGCCCAUGAUUGCAGCUUGUAUUCUUUAGCCUUAUUACAAUCUAUGUGCCUGACAACUCAACACACCGCAGGGCUAAUGUUCCCACCAGAGCUCCAACUGAACAACCAGAGAGACAACUCUCACCGCCCUCCAGAGAGAAAAUAGGCCAUGUCCCAAAGAAAGGUUCUUGGUCUAUGCCUCUGGUCUGUGGGCUGGCAGGGCAACCAUAACAUACCCCCCGCAGUUCUCGGCUCCUGCUGCAAAGUUGGCCAUGUUUCACAGGGAAACUUUUGGAAGAGUGGCUGCUUAUGAGAUUCCAAAAUGAAGUGUUGGCCAACAUCGCUCAUGGCCAUCCCGGAUUUCCCCGGUGGCUUCCUUUCCUGCCUGCUCGCCUCCCUGAACAGGGGAGAAAACUUAACCUCUCUUCUCCUCUCCAAACCUUUCACCUUGAGUGGGCAAUGUUUGGUGGGGGCUGUUCCUUCUUGGAGAUGCCUUGAGUCAGACCAUUUUGAGAUCAUGGAGGAAGGAUGAAGAAGUGAAAAUGACAAUAAUGACUCUCAAGAGGCUGGUGAUGUGACAUGGCAAAUGUAGAACUGACUUAAAUUGAACAAACCCUCACUGAGCACCUCUGAUGUUGAGCACCUGCUGAAUACUGAGCACUGAAUGGGGGAGGGGGAGGGGAGCACAGGGGUGAGUCAACCUGGGACUUGGUCUCAGGGACAUGCCUACCAAUAGUGGGUAUCGUAAGGCAUGUACCCAAACAUAACAGAUGUAAGGCAGAAAGUGAUCAGAGAAGGAAUGAGAAAGUGUGUGUGAUGUUAAUGAAAAGUCAUAUGCAGUUAGAGCAGACCAAGGAAAGCUUUCUGAAAGAGAUUGCAUCUGAGGAAAAUUCAGGAAGGAUCUUUGUAGAUUGGGAGGAGAUUCUAAGUUGAAGGGGUGAUAGGGUGAGGGGCCACAGGGAAGUCUGCUGUGUUCUCAUGUAGGAUGUCAGCCCUCCCUGCAACUUCUCUUUUUGGCCAAUGUCUUUUCACUUUCCUGACCCUUUAGAAUCGUCCCCAGCCAGAAGCAAUCAUGGAAGCUGCCUCAUUGUCACUGGUUAAGAACUUGGCGAGAUUGAAGGGCUUUUGUUAUUGUUGUUGGAUAUUUUUGUUUCCCAUAAAAGCACAUCAUUUCAACCCUAAA